CGAAGGAAAUAGCUCAAGGCGCAGGCAGAUUCAGCGAGUGGGGAUACUGCAGAGAUGGAUGGAUUCCAUUCUAUAGGAUCCAAGCUGGAUUCCAUAGGGGUGGCUGAUGUUGUGUGGAUUAAUGACUCUUUAUCAGAUGAGUGGCGUGGGGUUUAUAGUGAAAUCAAAUGGAUACAGGUUGUCACUGCAAUUCUAAGUGUUUUAGGUUCUGGAUCAAUCAUUGGUUACGCUGUGUUUCAUAGUGCGGUGAGAUCUCCAGAGGUUCGGCCACUUUUCUAUCUCAGUCUGUCCGACUUGCUCUUGGCCCUCUGCUGGCUCCUAGGGACAGUUUUGUACAGAAGAUCAGUCUGCAGUAAGAAUGUGGCCUGUUACAAUCUGCAGUCUGUGGGGCAGAUGUUUUAUUUGUCUACCUUUUUCUAUACAUUAAACUACAUGUGGCAGCUCUGCAGUAGCCUGAAGAGAAAGUUGGAGAAUGAUUUACACAAGAUAUCAGACCUAGAACGCUGCAUAGGAAGAAUUGCAUUAAUACUCUCCAGUGUUGUGCCUGCAUUUCUCAUCAUCCCCGUUCUGUAUUUCGGGAAUAGUGAACAAUGUUAUGGAAAUGCCACCCAUCCACACAGUUGCCUGGUUGUGAACGUAGGAUCAUCUGUUACAUCAGAUGUGCAUGCGUAUACCAAUAACACCUGCAAAGCCAUCCACUUCUACAUCACAGCCGUCUUUCUAUCCACAUUCUUCCUCACAGUCAUUUCUAUAUUGGUCCUUCUGGGAUUUGUGGUUAGCUUAUUAAGGAAGUGUAAAAUAGCAGACGAACAUCGGACGGUGAUCACAGUAACCAAACGGGCCUUUCUGCUGUACUCGGCCAUCUUCCUCUUCUGCUCAUUACCAGGGGUUGCAUUAACCCUUUGUAAACUGGUUGAUCAGGAUGGAAAAAGUGAAGAUUACAGAGUUCUUUAUUUUUUUCAGGCUUUUACUUCAAUAUCUCAGGGAUUUCUCAACUGCUUGGCAUACGGAUGGACUCAUCAAAUGUUACGAUGCUUAAAGCAGAACAGCUUCCAUGAUGUGGAAACUCAGACACCCCUCCUACGCUCACAGAAGAGACACUACGCUAGCACACAAACGUCCACAUUUUGUACACAGCCACAAAACAUCACAGUUUUAUGAGUACAUCAAGAACUGCGUUUAUAUUUAACAGAAGACGAUAGACAAUAUCAUGGACUCAUAGCGUUUGGUACCUGCGAGUAGGAGAACACUAGGCGUGGAACACGGAUGAUCAGUACACGUUUAUAAAUACUGUAUAUAUGGUGGACCUUUAAAUUUGCAGCUCAAUUCUACAAAUAUGGAUGUGUCAUCAACAGACUGAAUGAUGGAUUUCGGAUACAUUUCAGUCUAAUGGCAUCUCCACAAGAAGAACUGAAUGAACACUGUGCAGCUGUUCAAAUUAUAUUUUUUAUUGGGUGUCUUCAGGAAAUGCUUCGAGGUGUCUCAUUUUUGUAGGACAUAAAGACAUUUUAAAAUACCCAUUGGGUUUUCCAUUUAUUUUGCACACGGCAAACUGCCUACCUAACAAUAAAAUGAAAUACAUAAAUCAUUCAUAUUGAUGUAGGUUUUAUAUCUGUUGGGUAAAAAUUCCAAAUCAGAGGAAAAUAAUCUCUACGCAGUUUAGGACUCUGGAAGAGCCACAAACCUCUUAUGUCGUGUUUCAUACAUUGUGUUUGCGUAAGGGGUUCCGAACAUCCUACCGCAUACCUGUGCCAAGAACUGAUUGUAUGGAACAUUUUGAUGAUUAAUACCAUGUUUGGUUUUUUCCAAGUGCCAUUAUGUGACCAAUUUUAUAUAAUGUAUGUGUUAGCGUUACUCAGUAUUUAUUUUCCCUAAAAGAAACUGUUGAAAUAAUGACUUA